AUGAUAUUUAAUUAUAUAAGAAAAACUAUUCUAGUGUUAAUAGCAAUAAUAUGGAGGUAAGUGUAUUGCGUUGGCCAAAUUAAAUCAUGGUAAACGUUUCAAAAUUAUGGUAAUCGUGAUUUAUUUAAUCAGUUUACAAUAGUAUUUUAGCUUGAUCAUUCUCUUAUUAGUACAGAUAUUAUAAAACUAAGAGUACCUUUUUCUAUUGGUGACUUAAGGCAAUAUCCUUAAAUUAGUUGGUAUGAAAUUAGUGAGACAACCUGCGUUUUUAAUUAUCUGCCAAACAAGCUAAAUGCUGUGCAAGUAGAUUAUAUAGGCUAAAUUUUUGAAUAUUCAUUAGCCUUCGCAGAUCCUUCUUAGUUUAUGAGCAAUACAACUUGGUAUCAAAUUUAAGUUUAAACAGGUACUGUUAUCCCUAGCUCAAUAACAGAUUUAGUAAUUAAAAUUGGUAUGUCAACAUAUUCAGGAAUGUCUGAAACUACUUCUGUUUUGUAUGAUUAAAACUUAGAGUUAAUAUCUAUUUAUAUACAACCAAAUGUAACAAACACUUUGAUUCUACCUUUAACUGGCCAAUUCUUUAACACUUAGGUUCUUUAAACAAAUAGAGUAAGAUUAACAAUCAAAUAGCACAUAGUUGAGGCAUAAGGCAGAUUUUUGAUCAACUUAUCAUCACCUUAAUUUUCAUUUGCUGCUAAAUCUGUUUGCAAUUCAAUAGACGAUUCUAGUUAAAGCAACGUAGUUGUAAUGCAGCCAAGUUCUUUUACUUGUAAUAUCACUUCAACCUCUCUUGAAAUUGUGUAUUAUGGAUAGCCAUUAAUGAGCUAAAGAAUUUUUGUAUUUUAGUUUGAUAUUUUAAACAGUAUGGCUUAAGAUAGUCUAGCUUUGAUAGUUUAUUAAAUGGAAGUUUACUCAAAUUUGGUCCUUGACAGUGGAACUAUUAACUUAUAUUAAACUUAGACAGUCACCUUAACUUAGUAUGAUUUAUUUUUAUCAUUCGGUCAAAGGCCAUCAAGCGUUUUUCAGCUUUAUAGCUCACUACCUGAUUACAAUGUUUAUAAUACCCUUACUCUGAAAUUUCAAACACAAAUUAAUACUCCUGAUACGUUAUCUUAAAUUGUGAUAGAGUUAGGAACUAAAUAUUUCUCAGUUUUAUAAGGCUCUAUUUAUGAGAAUUUACCAAAUUACAAUCCAAGCAUCCAAACAAAUUGCUAAAGUAUUGGAUCUUAGAUCAUAUGUACAGGGGUUGGUUCUUUGCAAUCUCAAACUGUUUAUCAAAUAAGUUUUAAAUUAUUGAUAAAUUACAGUUAUAGUAUUAAUGUUGUUCCUAGUAGCUUUCUAAACUUUGCUAUGAUUCAAAGCUCUUCAGGUUCUUACAUUAUAAAAAAUGCAGGAAUUUAAUUAGGCUAAAUAUAAAAAAAUAUACCAAAAAUUACAUCUACUAAUACUUUUGCAGCCUCCUUUGAUUCUUAAACUAUGCCUUAAUACACUGAUGGUCUUGGCUAUCUUAAACAACUCUAAACUAACCCAUACAGUAUAACUACUUAAGUUAUCGGAUUUAUGAUUUUGGACGAUGGAACAGCUGUUUUGCAAGAUAAUCAAGUAAAUAAAGGAUAUGUGAUUUAUACAACCCCUAUGAUUUAAGGUAAUGGAUAACAAUAGACUUGUUUAUCAAGACCAAAUUCAUCAUUUUCUAGUUGCAUAGUAAGUGCUUAAUCCGAUAUGACUACUUUUAGAUUUAUUGGAACCAAAGAUCCUUUUUAACCUUAGUCAGUCUAAUAGUAAUCAGUAGUGUUUUUUGUAAGUAAUUUAUAAAUAAUGAACUUUGGGUAGAUGGGAGGAUAAGAAGUAUUUGAUUUCUAUGUCUAAACUUUUUCAACUAAUUUGUAAGCAAAUUCAUAGGACUCAUCUUAUUUAGUUUAAAGUUAUCUUGUAAAUACUUACGUUUACUCUGAAGUAAUUGUUGCUAAUGUCAAUGUAAUGGCAGAAAUAAUAAAUUAUUUAGGACCUAACCCUGCUAUGAAUAUAGAUGGGUAUAAUACAAUUAGCUUUCUUAAAAUAAAUACCAAUUUAAAUGCUUAAGAUCCAAUGAUGUCAUCGAAUUUCGACUAUCCUUUAAGAGUAGAAAUAUUUUUUGACAACAUGCAAGUUCUUCCUUUAUACAGCAAUUCAUAGAUAGCAAAUAUAACAGAUCCUUAUGAAAUGAAUAGAAUCUCUUGUAUUGGAGCAGGAAUAUCAUGCUAUUAUAUCCCUACUACUGUUUAUUAUAAUCCAUAAAAUUACAAUUUUAUAACUUUGAAUCGCAUUCAAAUAUAGUUCUAAGAUGUGAAUACAAUGGUUUAAUAUAAUAACUAGUACAUAUUGAUUCCAUUUACACCAAUUAAAAGCAUUAAAUUUAUUAAUAUGUUCUUAGCUUUAUCGCAAGGAGUGAAAGCUCUAAGUUUGAAAAAACCUUCCCCGUAUUAUAGACAAAUUAACUAAAAAAUUACAUUCAAUUUUAGAGAUGCUUCUUCAGACAACUCUAUAAAGUAUAACAAUUAUAAUAAUGUUAAUUAUAAUCUUUAAUCCACAAAUAUAGGUCAAAUAUUAAAUAAAUUUUAGAUUAAUUUUUCAUAUUAAUCUACUGAUCCUAUUCCAAAUCUUUCUAAUCCUAAGUAUAUUAUCUACAAUACGUUAUGGAAUUUUACUAAUAAUUUUAUCCCCUCUUAAUAAGUUUCGUCGUUUUUAGCUACUGUUUAAGACGAUAUAGAUCUUACAUGUUCUCAGUUUAGCUAUGUAAUAACAGGAUUAAAUUACUUUGGUUUGCUAUGUCCACUUAUUAUGCCUAAUAAAACAACUCCUAACUUUUAAAAUACAUACAUCUCUAUGCUAAAUAUUUAGAUUCCUUAUGUUUAUGGAAUAUAGUUACCACGUUCAUCAGUAUCAAUUUCUGAUUCAAGUGGAAAUUUAAGAUCAUUUUCUUUCUUAAACAGCAGAAAUAGAUUGAAUCCUGGUUAAUUUACUUUUUUAAGUAUCAGUCCAAAGUAGAUAAUAGAAUUGCAAAAGGGUAUGGAAAUUAAUUUUAGUGUAUAAACUACUAAUUUAUUGCCACCAAAUUUCAUUUUUGUAGCAUAGUGUACAGACAGCGAAAGCACACUAAAUUUUGCUCCAGUGAUUGUAAAAAAUGGAUGCAUAAUUAAUGAAAAUGUAUACAUAUUUUCUACAUUAACAAUUACACCAACAGCAAUUACUUGUGUUUUCUAAAAUUCUGACUAUAUUCCUCAAGGAAAUAUUGAAAUUUUGGUUGUUUCAAUAUAGGUCCUGUAAGAACCUUUAAAUUCUUCAAACUAAGUAGAAUACACAAAAACACUUGUAGCUAAAUUUUAUACUUCUGGCUAUGUCUUGAUAUUAAAAUCAGACAGAGGAAGAAAGCUCCUUUAUUAAAGAUAGAGAUAAUAUGGAGAUAGCAACUCUCAAAUAACACUUGAUGAAAUCAACAUAAAGCAAAUAAGAUAAGAUAACUAUUAAAUAUCCUUCUAACUUAACUUUGUACAAAAAGAUUGGGAUGAUUUUGAAAACCUUUAAUGUGAUUUUACAUCUCUUUUAAAAUCUUCUCCAACUAGUAUAGAUUGUGAAUUAUUUGAUUACACAAAUAAUAAACAAAAUUUUGUUUCUCAAUGUUAUUUUAAUAAUUUUAAUUUGUUGGUUAUAAGAAAUUUAGAUAUAACACUUUACCCAGUUUCUUAGUCAUACUCUUAUUUUAUUUAAAUCGGAAACUUAAAUGCGAACUAAAUAUACCUUCAAAAUUAACUUCCAAAUACAUAAUUUACAUGCUCAACAGUAGAACCUGGCUCUAAGAUUGUUGUUUUGCAAUUUAGUGCUCCAAUUUAGAGUUUGCAAUUAAAUUACCAACUCAUAAAUAUCUCUCCUAAUGGACCUAAUGGAGAUAUGAAACUAAAAAAGCUGUAUUCUUACCCAGGCUUAACCGGUUAGCUGUAAUUGUCAUUUAACACGAACUAAAAUUAAAUAACUUGGAAAUAGAAUACAAUGUUAUAAUUAAGUUUUCCUUCUAGAUAUAUAUCAGGUUUGGGUAAUAGAGAUCAUUUAAGUUGCUACCAAAACAAAGUUUACAUACCUUGCAUAGUUUAACAGCAGAGAAUUAUAUAAAUUUAAUCUUUAGCUUAAGACUCCCUACCAAAUUAAAUAAUUAUAGAUAUUAUAGGGUUACAGGAGCCAUCUUCUCCUUUAAUCUUGGAUAAUAGUGGUAAUCCAACUGAAAUGUUUGAACUAUUAGUAAUAGAUGGAGGUAGUAAUUCCACGAUUUCUUAUUAUAAUGAAUAUGAUAUAGCUGUCUCAAAGAAUACUCUCAGUAAAGUUAGAUUUUUAAAUUCGACCUCCACUCAAAAUUAAACUUAUUUGACUUCCGAUUUUUAUAAUUUCACAUUUAUGUUCCCCUAAAAUACACCAUAAAAGACAAAGAUGAUUUUAGAAUUUCCUAAUUCUUUUGUAAAUACUCUAAAUUAUUACUAACCCGAUUCCUGUAUUUUAAGUGCUCCUAAUUUGGCAGAUGUAACUUUGGAUUGUAUAGCUUAAUCUAAUAGAAUCAGCAUAACAUCUGAAAUAUCAAAUGAUUUUGUUUUAAGCUCUGGAAUUAUAUACACUCUUCAACUCAAAGGUUUGAAAAAUCCUUUUUAAGCAUCAAGAUGCAAUUCAGAAAAAUUAAAUAUUCUUGUAUUUGAUGAUAGCAAUAAUCAAUUAGUGAUGUUAAGUGGCGAAAGCUAAUCAGCUGCUAGAAAUAUAACGUUGACUUCUGAUACUACUCUGAAUACUUUUAAUAUAUCAACAACGCGUAUUGACUUGGUUUAUGGAGUCAUCUCAGAAGAGAUAACUAUUUUUAUAAACUAAAAUGUUAGAUCUUAAAGCUUAGUUGAAUUUAACAAUAACUUCCUUCCUUUUGUUUCAUUUAUUCCUUCUACACCUUCUAUUCCAAUUGGCGAAUAUUAAACAACAUUUAGAAUGAAGAUCACAAACUCAACAAUAGUUGGAUAAUUUAACUUAUUCAUCAGCUAGUUUAGCACUACAUCUACUCAAACUAUCAAAGAUGUCCCUCCAGUGACUAUAAACAUAAUUAAUUAAUAAGAUAAACAAUCUAUUUAGAGCUUGUUUAGUAUCAAACUUCCAUUUACUCAUUUCUAAAUACCUGUUGGAGGAUUUUCUUUACCCUUGGUUGUUUCCCUAGACAAAUUUUUGCCAUCAUCCAACCUUAUUUUUAGUUCCACUGUGGUCAAUCUUCCUUAAAAUGGAGUAUCGAUUUAUAGAGGUGGUAUAAUGAAUUUAACUGCUAAUUUUCCUUCCUCUUAUCUAUAGCUAAGUAGUGAUUCAUCUAUUUCCUAGGUAGGCUCCUUGGGAGUGGUUCAAAUAAAUUUAUAGGGAGAAAAUGCUAACUCUUUUUUCUUAGUUGAUAAUAUUCUGACAUUUGAGGUUGUUUAAGCUGAAUAAUAAGGGGUAGGAACUUCUUCAGCAGAUUUAAUUAAUGAUUUACAAAUAUUUAUAAAUCCAACCACUCUUUCACCAGUUAAUCAGAUAAUUCAAGUUCUAAGUUCUCAAUCGCUUACACUUUAUUAUGCUAUUUCUUCCAAUUUCACAUAAUUUAAUUCCAUAAGUCUUAAAAGUAUUAUUUAAAAUCUUUAAUCUGGUAUUGUUGAAGAUUUUAACCAGUUAAAUUAAAGAUAAAGUUAAUACGGUUUUUGGACUUAUUAAGGAAACAGUGGACUUCAAGAUUAUUACAUUAAUAAUCUCUAUGAAAAUACUUAAUAUCUUAUUAAAGUAUUUCCUUUAAACAACUAAGGAUAAUUUUUAGGUUAAAAUGUAGGCAAUUUUACAACUUCAAGUAAUAGUGGUCAGCUUUUAAAAACUAUUUUUAGAUUCUAAAGCACCGUUUCAAUAGCACAAUAGAUAGAUUUUGCUUGUAAAAUGUCCUAAUAUUUUGCAAUCAAUUAACUUUAUUUGACGAGUACCACAGGAGUAAGAUGUGACUCUCCUUCUAAUAUAGUUAAUGUCAAAACCCAAACAGGUUAGAUAUAGAUACAGGCUCUAGAUAAUCCAAAUCCAUAAUACAUAACACUGUAUUUCUCAUAUAAUAAAGGAGAUGCUUACAACAGUUAUAAUAGUCAAAUUUAUAACUAAUUAAUAAAUUAAAAGUCUACAAUUAUUUCAUGGUACACGAAACUAAUUUAAAACAAUAGGUUCUUCUAACAGCUAAUAGAUUUUUAAGCAAGUACAGUUACUAUAGCUUAAGCUUUGAUAAAUACAAGCAGCAUAAAAUCUAUUGAAAGUAAACAAUGGAUAUCGGUAUAGAAUAUAUAUUUAAAUAACAACGGCUAUGUAUGGAUUAUGAUUGAUAAAGCAGGAAAUUUCCCACCUGAUUACUUAUAGAUAAGACAAAACCUUAAUUGCAAUAAUUAGACAGCACUAGCAAAUUAUGUUUCUCAGUAUAAUUCUAUUACAAAUAAGCAGAUAUCAUUUAACAUAACUGGCUUAGCUUCAUAGACGAAAUAUGAUAUCUUCUUAGCAAUAACUUCAGAUGAUUCAUCAGAUAACAUGACAUAUUAGCCAUAGAUUUUUACAAUUACACUUAGCACAAUUUGA